AUGGCUUUCCUCUGCAACUCAACUCACACCAGGGCACUUGAAAUGGAUUCCACCGGCAUGGAUCCCAUCGACGUAGAGCCCUUUAACAUGGACUACUUCGAGCCACAGCUUUGCGACAUGGAAUCCUUCGAUAUGGACCCCCUCUAUAUGGGAGCUCUGUAUAUGGAGCCCGUCAACAUGUGUCUCCUCAACAUGAAGCGUCUCGGUAUAAAGCCCAUCGACAAGACUCCAUCUUCGGUUGCGAUGGAGAGCAGCUCCAUCAGCCACUCCAACGCCACUGCCAACACCAGCCAGCAGAAGCGUCGCCGCGACUCCAUCAUCGACCCUGCCUCGGGCGAUAAUGAGUUGCCUCAGCCAAAGCGCUCGCGCCACACAGCCCCUCCGUCGCAACAGCAGAGCUCAGCAAGCAUCGACCUGACUGGACACAACGAUGCACAGGAUGUCGCGCCACCUCGCUCUGCGGUCAUGUCUGCGCCCGCACCAGCGACUCCACCCGCCCCGGUCGCAUCGAAGCCUUCAAAGAAAAGGAAGCGCAGCGAGGAGACCUCAGGCGCCGAGAAAUUCGCACCUCCAAUCUCGUAUGAGGAACAAAUGGCCGUGAGGGCCGCAGGCGACAAGUUAAUCGCCGACCAGAUGGCUGAGCUUGAAAAGUCAGGCUUUUCUAACGUGGGUGAAGUGUGGAAUAAGCCAAGAAAAGCGAAGCGAAAGGCCGAUCGUGCGAGGUAUGCAGCGAUGAGGUCGACGCACGAGUAG